AUGGGCUCUUUCCAAGCAGUUUUGCAGGAGAAGCUGGUCGGCGAGUUUGGUCAGGAGGUUUUGGGUUGCCGCUGCGCAGGAGGCAAGACCACCCAUGGCCAUUGUGGGUACCACUUUCAUUUCAUGUCAAACGAGGAAAAACCAUGGUGCCGCACAAAGUAUGGAUGUGGCCACUACUCCAUCAAGGGACCCUGGGUUUACUGUGACCCGCGUGGCGUGGAGAGGAGGCGUGCCGAUGAUGGCAAGCUCUACAACGCCCUGGACUUCAAGAAGUUCUACCCCAAGGAUGGAAAGGAAAAAUGGGCCAGUGCGGCGAAUUACCAGGAAACUCGGGUAGCCAGGAAUGGCAAGGCCUAUAAGGCCAAUGAGUUCCGGGAUUACUACAUUGACUACUUGGGCGAGGAGGGAUGGCUGAGUGAGUGGACAAACGCAAAAGAGGAGACUCGAAAAGCAAAUGAUGGUAAGUUCUACACCUUCGACGAGUUUGUGCAGCACUACGGCAAGGACACAUCAUGGAAGAUGUGGGAUGGUGCUGGCAAGCUUCGGCCAGAACUCUGA